CUGGAAAUAAAUAUAUACAACCAUGAACCAACACUUAGGUGCAAUUGUUUAUGAUUACAUAUUGCUAUUACAGUAUAGCCAAUCUUCAGACUUGCCGUCAUGUAUAGUCGCCUGGGCUUGUGUCUACCAAUAGUAUGGCUUAUCUCGUUGGUGUCCUAUCAGCAUUCUAGCGUCAACGCAGCCAAGAUCCUCACAGCUCCUGAUAUCGAUGCAACGGUUGCCAAUGGUGACAACGAAGAGUCGGACAACACUGACUUAAUUUUUGAUACAGAUGAAAGUUCUGAUCCGAGAACUUACAAUAACAUGCCAGUACCUUUAGUCCCCAUUGGAGAUGAGCAGAAUAACUUCUUGCAGAGCUAUGGAGUUUGGUGUGGUGGAAAUCACGGUAUGUGA